AUGACGCAUGUUGAGAGGGAAUAUCACCCGUGCAUUCAGCAACUUUUUGCCAUUUACUGGGGUUUAAAACAAACUAAAUACUUAACAGUUUUUUCCAAAGACAUUAUAGGACAGAUGCCACAUUAUGCCAUAUGGGCUUUGGUAAAUGAGACUCCGUUAAAUAAACUGAUUGACGUCAGUCAAGCAGUGUUUGCGAAAUGGUUGGCAUUUAGUGUCAAGGAUUUUUUAUCCUCUGAUGGUUACAGAGUGAGUGAAGAGAAGGAGGAAACCAAGGAGAAGUUGAAAGCGGAGCAGGAAUCUUUUGAGAAGAAGAUCAGACAGCUGGAAGAGCAGAACAUGCUGAUUGUUAAAGAGAGGGAAGCUCUUCAGCAGCAGUACAGAGAGUGCCAGGAGCUGCUGAGCCUUUAUCAGAAGUAUCUCUCAGAUCAGCAAGAAAAACUGGCACACUCCCUCUCUGAAGUUGGCACUGUUAUCUCUAAUCAGAAGAAAGCGCAAAAUGAAUUUUGUUCAAGAUCGAUACAGCCCGAAGUACAAGACAGCUGCAAUGCAGUGUAUGACCUAAAGGCAUCGAAGAUAAAAAGUCCACAUCAGGCUGAUGUUGACGGCUCCUACCUAGGAAUUGUUGCUAACCAGGUCUUUAAGAAUCCAAGUAAAGCACAGAUAGCAGGUGAUAUGGAUCAGCAUUUCAAACCUCAUCUGCAUGUCAGUGCCAUUCCUGAAUCUCCAGCCAGUAACUUUUUUAGCUGUGCUCAGCUCAUUGAUGGAUUGUGUGUGGAAAAUGCCUUUGACAGACAAAAAAAUAGCUCUGUGAAAGUUGCAAACCCAGUGGAGAGGUGUCAUACAGAUUUGUUUAAUGAUACAAACCAUGGUGUGAAUGAAUGUCAGAUGCAGACUCAUCAAAUAAGACAGUUGCCUGACUACGGUCAGUACAAAAAUGCUGGAGACAUUCGGUCUGGUCACAGAACUGGAGAUUUACAUAAAAGAAACUGUGGGCAUUUUCCUAAUAGUGACAAUUCAAGCAUACAUCCUUCAGGCUUUAUGCUAAAUGAGGCACUAACAGCAACAUCACCAAAGUCAAGAGAAAUGGGCCAUGGUAAAAGCUUGUCUGAAGAAAGACGGCAAAAACUUUUACUGCAGAAAAUGGAGCUGGAAAUUGAAAGGGAGAGACUGCAGCAGUUGUUGACUCAGCAGGAGGCUAAGCUGCUUCUGAAGCAAAAACAGCUGUGCCAGUAUAAAGUGGAUUACAGCAGGUACUGUGAGCCAGAUUCCUUCCUUUGUGAUGCACAGGCUGAGUACAAGGGAAUUAGUACUACCAGAAGCAAUGAGAAGAAGCAUAGUGGUUCUGGAAAGAAAGUUGAAUUUGCUGGUGACCCUAAGACUGAUUCGAUUAGAUAUGUACCAUCAUGUCUUGAAAGGAAAACAGAAGCAAGCUGUAGAAGGGACGCAGCAACAUCUCCUGCAGUAGCAACUGAUAGAAAGGAGCUUGUGGCCUCAGCAACCUCACCUAUCCUGCUUGACUCUUCACGGUAUGAAGCAUCCCUUGUUGACCUCGUGGCAGCACUAAGCCCAGUGUCUAGCAGAAGUCGUCAUCAUCUACACCCUAGUGAUCAUGCUAGCCAUGUACAGCAGAGGCUGUCUCCUAGGUCUGUAAGCCACAGUAAAACCUCAAGGCGGCUGAUCAGACGAGACUUUUUGGGAAGUGAGAGUGAUGAUGUGGAAGAAAGCAGAAUACUGGAAGAAAUAUUCUUUGUUUGCUAGUUAGUCUAACUGUAUUUUUUAUGUUUAUAAACAUCUUCAUAAGUUAUACUUUUAACACUGUGGGUUGCAGAUAUGAAAGAAGGUAUACUUUGUGUAUCACAGUUUGAUUUGUUGGACUAUUAUAAUUUUAGCAAUUCAGAACACUAAUUAGUGAAGUCUAGAUUUAUCUACCAUUACCAUGCAGAUUCAUGUUGGGGUAACUGAUUCCUCAUUAUACUUUUUCUGAGAUAAGCAAGUUUUAGAAAUUAUGUCCUUUUUUUCUAAAAUCAAAUAACUGUGCAUGUAAACAGUGAUGUAAUUAUGAAGUUCUCAAGCUUUUCUGAUUCAGAAACAUCUGCAUUUAUAUUAUGUUAAUUCACUGAAGCACAAACUGUGAAAUGAAUGACUUUAACAAAGCUGCAAAAACCCAUGGAAGUAUUACAUUAGACUUUUCUAGAAUUGUUUUAUUAUGUAUUAUCUCAGUAAUCAAAAAAAAUUGUGGCGAGUUACAUCCCAUGUUGUUAUAAAUACAUAUCAUAAUACAGUAAAUUAUAUUUAAGAAUGCUUACAUUUUUUCAAAAACUCUUAGAAAAAUUGUUUGGUAGCACCUGAAACAGUGUCUAAAUGAUACUUUGAGAUUAAAUGAUUGGCUGUGUUCUUCAGAGAGUGUCUUUCAGCAACAUCUCAUAAUGUCUACAUAUUUCUCACUUUCAUUAAGAUCAUCUAGAAAAUUUUAUUCAUAAAAUUUAUUAGGUGCAUAAGUGAUUAUUUGUGGGGAACAGGACAGAAGUAACGUAACAACUUAAGUAAUUUUCUUAUACAUCAUUUAUUUCUCUGUGUGUCAAAAUCUAAGCUGUGUAAAAAUUAGUGAUGUCAGUGGUCCUGUUAUGUUUGCAUCUUUCACUUAGUGUGAUGAUAAUUCUUGUAUUGAUUUAAUGUUUUUGCACAAAUUCUUAACUCCUCCUAACUUUUCUGUUUAUGAUGGACUCUUCUUUCAGCUCUGUUAAUAAAGUAUUUUGAGGUUGUUUUAUGAAAUUUA